ACCAAUCCGGCCCCGACUAGCCCGCAUGCAAGGGAACGCUACCCUUGGUACCCUAGAGCGCAACAUGACACUGACGUUGACAGUCUGGCUCCGAAACAUGACACUUGAUUCACCACCUCGGUCCUCCAUGGUUGUUGGCGCACGUGGGAACCAUGCCAGACGGAAACGGUGCGCGCAAUGAGGGUCGUGCUGAGGGAGCGGAUGUGAAGCACGACGCGGACGGCUCGUCUAGCCAUAGACGCAGCAAGUCGGGAGGCAUACUGGGCGCCUUCCUCAGGUCCUCCAUGGAUGCCAUGGGGAAGGCGCCAUCGACACAACUAGGCAACGACGAGGAGUACGAUCAGGAUACGGAAGGUGCGAAGAGGGCGUCCUCCAUCGCGACUGCCCUGCGCCAGAGCCAAGGGAGGCAGAGAAAGGGAUCUCUUAGGAAAGCCGCCAUGGCCAAGAUGCGUGAACGGAGCAGCUCUCUGCGCAAGGCCAAAACACCCACAAUCACCACCAGCACAAGCUUAGACCCCUCGGACGAAGCCACAGCCCCAGGACGCUUCAGCUACGAGAACGCUCCCCUCAACUCUUCGUCUGACAGUGGAUGGCUACCCGCCGCGCACCUGUCCCCGUCGUCACCCGCGCUUAUUUACACCCCACCCGAUGGUCCUGAACGGGCUGCUCCUUCACUUCUUGCAUCACCCAUGACGAGCCCGGUCGCGCCUUACGCUUCGACUACCGACGAAGACGACACCAUGUCCUUCUACCGCCCCUCUCCCGCCGGCAAUGACUUCUCCUUCAGUGGUGCCAACCAGGGCUCUGCGACAUCUCUUGCACACCGCCGUUCAACUCGGAGCAACCGACGCACUUCCAUCUCGGCCGUCCUGACACCUGCCGAGGCUGACCCUGAUGAUGAGUGGGAUUACAGCGAGACAGAGUGGUGGGGCUGGGUCGUGCUCAUAGCAACGUGGAUUGUUUUCGUCGUCGGCAUGGGCUCUUGCCUCGGAAUCUGGAGCUGGGCUUGGGACGUGGGCGAGACACCGUAUGCUCCACCCGAUUUGGAAGACGACGCAACCCUGCCCAUUACGGGCUACUAUCCUGCAUUGAUUGUCUGCACGGCAGUUACGAGCUGGGUGUGGGUUGUCGUGGCCUGGGUGGGCAUGAAAUAUUUCCGCCACGCCAAAGUAGGCGUGGACGGCUAGCAGCCACCAGAAGCAAAGCACCAAAAUAACCACCCACCACCGAUCGCAUGAACGUACCAAGGUCCUGGGAACGACUUAUUCUACUCUAGUGCUUUCGCUUAAGCGUUCCGCCAUGCGCAAUAUCUUCUUGGGCUGAAACACUAAGCUAUAAUACCUCUGUUAAGACACAUCAUAGCCUCGCUAUACCGCACUCUACGACAGUUUUGGCAGAAUAAAAGCUGAGGAUGCCGCAUCUUUCCCGCAUUGCUCGUCGUGAUUCAGCGGCUUGGACCACAAUCU